AAACGAGAUAAAAAAACAAUUUUUAAAAUAAUUCAGUUUUUUGUGUGCUUUCAGCGCGAACACAAUGGGUCUGUUCUAUUCUGCAAUCUUUUUGCAUGCCCUGUGCCUGGCUAAUGCGAUCAAUUUCACAUCCGUCUACGAGUGGGAUGAAUUGGAUUUCGUCUGGCCGUCAAAAACGAACGGUUCAAAGGGACAGAUUGAACAAUAUUUCAAUUCCAGCGAAGUUUAUUUUCGAUACAUGGCAGUUUUUGAGGAAAGGCUGUUUCUAAGCCUUGAUAUAAAUAUCGGAAUUCCCGCCACUUUGGUGUGGCUGCCAACGAGAAGCACGUCCACUGCACCUCCAAAGCUCACUCCUUUCCCGUCGUGGGAUUUACACAAAUAUCAAAACUGCGACUCUAUCCAGUGGGCCAAAGGUAUGCAGGUGGACACUGAAGGUCGGUUGUGGGUGCUGGAUGAAGGUGGCAGCGUCUGCCCGAGCAAACUCUGGAUAUUCGACCUGGCCAAUGACACAACCGAGCGCGUUCACCAGUUCCCGGAAACACUCGUCUCUCAUUACUAUAAAAAACGGUUCCUGUCUGAAACAGUGCUGGACAAAACGCCAGACGAUUACCUUGCGUAUUUUGCGGACUAUCAAUCUGAAUACAUCAUAGUCUAUAGUCUAAAAACCAACAAAUCCGGGCCAAUUAAAACACCAGGGGUAAAAUGGCAAUCCUUGGCCGUCUCUCCUAUUAACAGGGAAGAAGCGAGACAGUUGUGGUACAUUAUUAGAAGAUCUGAUUCCAAAGAACUGUAUUCAGUGUCCCUGUCUGAGCUGAAGAAAGGAGGCGAAAUAAGCGCUGCUGCGAAAUUAAUCGGCGCAUGGCCUGGAAUGCCCUACAAAAUGGUAAUCGACAGUGCAAAUGUCUUGUAUGCUGCCGUUUUCAGCAAGAAUUACCUCUCCAAAUGGAAUAUUUCGGAGCCAUUCCUAGAGCAGCGUUUCCAUGAGGUUGAAAGACUGGGUGCCGAGUGGCCGUUUUCUCUUGCCUUGGACGCGAACGACACUUUAUGGGUGAUGGAGCGAAAUGAAUCUGGGAUUAAUAACAGGCAUAGACUACUCAAGGCUACAGUCGGCCAAUCCACAGCCUUGCCUUCGCCCUAAGCAUAAGGAACAAUUCAUCAGUCUUCCCAGAUUCCUGUUUUUAAGACCACGCGAUGAGAAUGUCCUACAGAUGACCCAACUCGGCAGAUUUUUACCACAAUUUCUUCUCAGCACUCGUCUCUGUUCUUCUCCUCACAUCCUUGUCUAUGAUACUACUCAUACGCGCGUGAAUGGAGAGACGGAAGUCGUGAAAAGCACACUUUUACACAUUUUACUAUUUUUGUUUUUCUGCUUGAGCAUAAAAAUCUCUUAGCAAACA